CUUUAUUUUUCACGCCCAGCCUAUCUCUAACAACGAAACCUACCCCUAUCUUCUCUGGGAAACGAAACAUGCUUCUCAUCUUUCCUCUAAUUCAUUAGAAAUAGUAUUGGUAAAAAAAAAAUCGGGUUAAUUGCAUGGUUGGUCACUGAGAUUACAAAAAACGUUCAAUUUUGAUCGUUCGAAAUAUUUAAAUCCAUUGGUGGUACUUCAGUUUACUGAAACCGUUCACGUUUGGUCACUCUCCGUCCAACUCCGUUAACUGUAGCUGAUGUGCCAGUCAACUCUCAAAGUUGACCGUUAACUUAGUGACGUGGCAAUUAAAAAGUAAUAUAAAAAAUAAAAAUAAAUUUUUUACAAUUUCCAACUCAUUUUCACAAUAAAAUUUUAUUGAUGAAAUAAAUAAAACAGAAAAAUUAUUAUAAUUAAAAUUUAAUGCUUCCCUACCGGAGAAAUACUCCCUGAAGCUCGUCAAUUGUUGGUGGGAAUUCUUCCCGCCGCCGGAGCUACCUGGAUGAAGUAAUUGGAAUAAAGCGACAGAUUGGCUAGCUUCGGCAGCUGGAAAACGCUCUCCGAAAUGGCGCUGUACAACUGGUUCCUCGCCAAAUUGAAGAAUGGCGAAGCUCCAUCACCAGAACCAGUGUAUAAUUAAGUAUUGAUACCCAUUAAAAAAUGAAACAAACCAAAUCCCCUCAACCCCCCAAUCAUGAGCUUCUUUCUUCUUCUGCUCUUCCUUCUAAGCUUCUCUUCCCGCCACUCAACUAAAGCUACUGACCUCAACUCUGACAGAGAAGCUCUAUUGGAGUUCGCCUCCUCUGUUCCCCACAUCAAGAAGCUCAACUGGAAUGCCUCCGAUCCGGAACCUUUUACUCCACCUGGGUUGGGGUCUCCUGCAACCCGAACCAUACCAAUGUCGACGUUGUUCGCCUCCCGGGGUUGGGGCUGUUCGGAAACCUCCCACCGAACACACUCGGGAAGGUCGAUUCCCUCAAGGUGCUCAGCUUAAGAUCCAAUGCCCUCUUUGGCAAUAUCCCGCCUAAUAUCCCAUCAAUUUCGUCACUGAAUUACAUUUACCUGCAACACAACAAAUUGAUCUCAAUUACGCCCCUGUUGGGUAUGGCUGCUCUGGUGGCCGGGGAAUGGGAGUGAAAGAGGAGAGUACUGAUGAAUAGAAGAGAGAGUGAAUCGGCAGGGAAGCAUUAAAUUUUUAAUAAUAAUAUUCUGUUUUAUUUAUUUUAUUUUAUUGUUAGAAUUAUAAAAAAAAAUAAAAAAAAAAUUAUUUAUUAUUUUUAAUUGCCACGUCACUUAGUUAACGGUCAACUUUGGGAGUUGACUGCCACAUCAGCCAAAGUUAACGGAGUUGGACGGAGAGUGACCAAACGUGAACGGUUUCAGUAAACUGAAGUACCACCAAUGGAUUUAAAUAUUUUGAGUGACCAAACUUGAACGUUUUUUGUAAUCUCAGUGAUCAAUCAUGCAAUUAACCCAAAAAAAAAUCAUUAGAAAUAGUGUCCUUCCAUUUCUCAAUCUCCCUAUCCAUAUCAAUCUCAACCAACAAAUCCCAAAUUCCCCCUAUUGCUGGUCCAAUUUAAAUUCCUUCUCUCCAUGGCGAUUCCUGCACUUUCGCCUUCCCGUCAGCUCUCCUCUUCAGCCUCCUCAUCCUCGCCAUCGUUGACUCCGACUUCGUAUCCUCUGCCUAAAUGUCAUGGACCGAUGAAGCAGCCAAAUAAUUACGGCCCCUCCUCGCUCUCUCCUCUUCAACUCCUACUCGAUUGCGACAACCAGUGCCUCAAAACUCCGAAUCUGCCGCCGUAUUCGUUAGCCACCGCCGGUGAGGAAAGGUAGAGAUGUCGGCUACGUGUUCGUUUUGUGCAGAGCUGACCAGGUCGCCGAUGACAGUGGGGGUGGAGGGUCGCUUUCGGCAGUGAGGGUGAGGGGGACGAUUUCGACGGAGGAAGAAAGUUAAUCCUUUCAUUAAGCCCAAAUGGGUCGGCGGAGUUUGGGCCUGGGCCAGGGCCAGUGCGGCAGACUGCCAUUAUCUAGCAAGGCCAAAACGCAGCACCUCAUUAAAGAGGCAGGGGUCGGAAAGACAUUUAUACCCUUCCGUGAAGCCCUCAGGAUGCAGCAUUUUUGAAUCCCAGCAAUUCUGGGUUCUGAAUCUGUUUCUUAUAUUUUGGAGAAAUUAGUUUUUUACUUAUAAAUAAUGCAUUUCUCCCUUACAUUAUCCAUGCGAGAUUCGUCAAAAAUCACUUAAAAGUUUAAUUAUUUUCGCCAUAAAAAAUUAGAUUAUUUUGUUGUAUUAAACCUUAAAUUAUUUA